CCUACCCCCCUUAGCCCCCCACAGGAUCACCACCCCAGAGGCAGCCUGAUGAGGGAAGGAAGGGAAAGGGUCGGGUUCAGCCAUUUCGCCUCUCCAGACCCUUGUAUCCCUGGCUCCUCGCAGUGGGGCCAGCAUAUGGGUGAGGGGGCACCCCCUGGGGCCUGAGCCGCCCCGCGCAGGAUGCCCCGUGCCCCCCACUUCAUGCCCUUGCUGCUGCUGCUGUUGCUUUCACUUCCCCACACCAAGGCUGCCUUUCCCCAGGACCCCCCUCCUCUGUUGACCUCUGACCUACAAGGUAUACCCCCUUCAUCCUGGUUCCGGGGCCUGGAGGACGAUGCUGUGGCUGCGGAACUUGGGCUGGACUUUCAGAGAUUCCUGACUUUGAACCGGACCUUGCUAGUGGCUGCCCGGGAUCACGUUUUCUCCUUCAAUCUUCAAGCCCAAGCAGAAGGGGAGGGCCUGGUGCCUGACAAGUAUCUAACAUGGAGGAGCCAAGACGUGGAGAACUGCGCUGUGCGGGGGAAGCUGACGGACGAGUGCUACAACUACAUUCGCGUUCUCAUUCCCUGGGACUCCCAGACGCUCCUUGCUUGUGGAACGAACUCAUUCAGCCCCAUGUGCCGCAGCUACGGGAUAACAUCGCUGCAGCAGGAGGGCGAGGAGCUGAGUGGCCAGGCUCGAUGCCCCUUCGAUGCCACCCAGUCCAACGUGGCCGUCUUUGCAGAGGGCAGCCUGUACUCAGCCACAGCCGCCGAUUUCCAGGCCAGUGACGCUGUAGUUUACAGAAGCCUGGGGCUGCAGCCCCCACUGCGCUCCGCCAAGUACGACUCCAAGUGGCUCCGAGAGCCACACUUCGUCCACGCCUUGGAGCAUGGAGACCAUGUCUACUUCUUCUUUCGAGAGGUCUCUGUGGAGGAUGCCCGGCUGGGGAGGGUGCAGUUCUCCCGUGUAGCCCGUGUGUGUAAGCGAGACAUGGGCGGCUCGCCUCGGGCCUUGGACCGCCACUGGACCUCCUUCCUGAAGCUGCGGCUCAACUGCUCUGUUCCCGGGGACUCUGCCUUCUAUUUUGACGUCUUGCAGGCCUUGACUGGGCCUGUAAACCUGCACGGCCGCUCUGCUCUCUUCGGAGUCUUCACCACCCAGACGAAUAGCAUCCCAGGUUCUGCGGUCUGCGCCUUCUACCUGGACGAUAUUGAACAUGGGUUUGAGGGCAAGUUCAAGGAGCAGAGGAGUCUGGAUGGGGCCUGGACCCCUGUGCCUGAGGACAGGGUUCCCUCACCCAGGCCAGGAUCCUGUGCAGGAACAGGUGCAGCUGCUUCGUUCCCCUCCUCACGAGACCUCCCCGAUGACGUUCUGAUCUUCAUCAAGGCUCAUCCGCUGCUGGACCCCGCUGUGCCACCUGCCACCCAUCAGCCUCUCCUCACUCUCACUAGCAGGGCCCUACUGACUCAGGUCGCGGUAGAUGGCAUGGCUGGUCCCCACGGUAACACCACCGUCCUGUUUCUUGGCUCCAAUGAUGGGACGGUGCUGAAGGUGCUGCCCCCAGGACAAGCUGGGGGACCUGAGCCCAUCCUACUGGAAGAGAUUGAUGUCUACAGCCCCUCCCGGUGUAGCAGGAAGCGUGCAACCCAAACAGCACGACGCAUCAUAGGGCUGGAGCUGGACACCGAGGGCCACAGGCUCUUCGUGGCUUUCUCUGGCUGUAUCGUCUACCUCCCUCUCAGCCGGUGUGCCCGGCAUGGGGCCUGUCAGAGGAGCUGUCUGGCGUCUCAGGACCCGUACUGUGGGUGGCACAGCUCCAGAGGAUGUGUGGACAUCAGGGGACCUGGUGGGACUGAUGUGGAUCGGGCUGGGAGCCAGGAAUCCACAGAGCGUGCUGACUGCCAAGAUGGAGCUACUGGGAGUCGGUCUGGCCCUGGGGAUUCCGCUUAUGGUGAGUCCUCUUGUCCCAGCUCUGCUUUCCCUUGUUUAGCGCAGGCCCCAGUCUGUGCCCCCUGACAGCAGCAGCCCAGCAUCCUGAGAACCCGUCUCGGCAAAAGGCCAGCAUCCUCCUCACACCCAGUAUAUAUAGUGCUUGGUCACUGUGAACAAAUAAAUGAAUGUCCUGCAUGGCGACCCCUUCCCGUGUCUAGAGGAAAACAGAGGCUGCAGUCCUGCGCUCUUGGGUUCCACAGGAGGAGGGGGGAGGACCCCCUGGAUGGGUAUC